ACAGCUACGACACCGGAAGCCGGAAGUGUGAGUUUCGGCAGCGGGACGAGGGAAGGGUUCUCGGACUUUCUCGGAACGCCAGGGUCCGAGGAGUGCUCGAGGCUCGCCAUUCCUGCCCUUUUCACGUCGGACCGACGCUGCUGACAGACCCUGACUUGUUGGAUGAGCAGGGCCCCCUGGAAGAGUCAGCCAAGUGAGAUGGUGCAGCCCAGUGGCGGCCCGGCCGGGGACCAGGACGUGCUGGGUGAAGAGUCUUCUUUGGGGAAGCCAGCUAUGCUCCACCUACCUUCUGAGCAGGGCACUCCUGAGACCUACCAACGCUGUCUGGAGGAGAAUCAAGAGCUCCGAGAUGCCAUCCGGCAGAGCAACCAGAUGCUCCGGGAGCGCUGUGAGGAGCUGCAGCGUUUCCAGGGCAGCCAGAGGAAGGAGAAGGAGUUCCUCAUGCAGAAGUUCCAGGAAGCCAGGAAACUGGUGGAGAGACUGAGUCUGGAGAAGCUCGACCUGAGGACGCAGAGGGAGCAGGCCCUGCAGGAGGUGGAACACCUGAAGCGAUGUCAGCAGCAGAUGGCUGAAGACAAGGCUUCCGUGAAAGCCCAGGUGACGUCCCUGCUGGGGGAGCUCCAGGAGAGCCAGAGUCGUUUGGAGGCCGCCACCAAGGAGCGGCAGGCUUUAGAGGGCAGGGCCCGGGCUGCCAGCGAGCAGGCCCGGCAGCUGGAGAGUGAGCGGGAGGCACUGCAGCAGCAGCACAGCGUGCAGGUGGAUCAGCUGCGCAUGCAGAGCCAGAGCGUGGAGGCGGCCCUGCGCAUGGAGCGCCAGGCUGCCUCGGAGGAGAAGCGGAAGCUGGCCCAGCUACAGGUGGCCUAUCACCAGCUCUUCCAGGAGUAUGACAACCACAUCAAGAGCAGCAUGGUGAGCAGCGAGCGAAACCGAGGAAUGCAGCUGGAGGAUCUCAAGCAGCAGCUCCAGCAGGCCGAGGAGGCCCUGGUGGCCAAACAGGAAGUGAUCGACAAGCUGAAGGAAGAGGCCGAGCAGCACAAGAUCGUGAUGGAGACCGUCCCGGUGCUAAAGGCUCAGGCGGAUAUCUACAAGGCCGACUUCCAGGCCGAGAGGCAGGCCCGGGAGAAGCUGGCUGAGAAGAAGGAGAUCCUGCAGGAUCAGCUGGAGCAGCUGCAGAGGGAGUACAGUAGGCUGAAGGCCAGCUGUCAGGAGUCGGCCAGGAUUGAAGAUCUGAGGAAGCGGCACGUGGAGGUCUCCCAGGCUCCCUUACCCGUCACCCCAGUUCACGCCUCCUUUCACGUGCCCGUGUCCAUCCAGAGGAGAAGCCCCCCUGAGGAGCCGCCGGACUUCUGCUGCCCCAAGUGCCAGUAUCAGGCCCCUGAUAUGGACACCCUGCAGAUACACGUCAUGGAGUGCAUCGAGUAGGGCUGCCUGCCAGUAAGCAGCACAGGACGGCCCGGUGCGAGCUCUCCUGCCUGCCCGGUCCAGAGUUAUGGGCUAGGUGACACAGAACAGGCCACUUCUGUGCGCCCCACGAGGUAGCUCUAGGACCUUACGCUUCAGCUCCCCCAUCUGCUGGUUUGCCUCUUUUAGGGCCCGUGGAACCCCGGUUAGGCCUGAUGCUCUGCUCCUUUCGCUCGUUCUGUCCACUUGAACUGCUUGCCCCAGGGCUCCCUCUGUUUCCACGUCCACCGGGGAACUCAAGAAUCAAGGCCAGGGCUCUCAGAGAACUUCUCGAGCCAAGAUGGGCAGAAACCUUGCCUCCCGCCCACGCUCCCGCACACCGUGGCCCCAGCGCCCUCGUGGGCCGCGUGGUAUUCCAUUUGGAGGCUGCACCACCGGCCCAUUUAACCAGUCAGCUUCGGAUGAACACUUGGGCCCUCGCCACUCACUGUCACAAACAAUGCUGCACUGAACAUCCUUGGGCGUCACUUACGUGUCUCUUUGGGUCAGGGUCUUAGAAGCAGCACUGCUGAGCAUUGAGUCCUGCCCACACGAGGGGCGCCCGGCCUGCGGGCUUUUGCCAUCUGUUGGGCACGGCGCUCUCUAUUGAGCCUGAGCGUGUUUGCGGAGCUUGAAGGACCCUUUCCAGUUCUGCUUUUAAUGGCUCGUUUGUACGUUUUGCCCAUUUUUCUGUUGGGCUGUAAGUCUUUUGUUCCUCAGUGGGUUUGAGCUCUUUGGUCACUGGUGGGAUGGGCUCUUGUGUAUGAUAGAAACUGCCACUGUCUUCUCUUCCUCUAACUUUGUGAGUGUGUUUUGGGCUUGAAGUUGGUCAUCCUUGUGUGGCCAUGUCUGUGCACCUUCCCUUCCCUGCUUUGGGUUUACCAUUGUUGUGACAGGCUCAUGGUUUGACCGGGAGGUGCUUCCACAUGUGCACUUUUCCUUUCCUUUUCCGACCGACCACCACCGCGUGCUCUUGUCCUCCUGGAGAGUGUUGCCGCUCUGUGUGGUGGCUGCCUUUCAUCACGUUGCAGAAGCUUGUGAUGCUGCUCCCCACACCAGCCCCAAAUGCCCCAGCCUUGUGAAGGGAAGCCACUUGGUGACAAUUGGCAGGUUCUGAACGCUAGAGGGCCCCUUACUGUUGCUUUGCAAGAUCUCUGGCUGUUUCCUCGGAUGCCAAAGCCAAGGGCGUUAAGCCCGCAGUUGUCAGCAAAGGACAUCAGAAGUGGAGGAAGAAUGCCCUGGCCUCCCCUGGUUGGGAAUGGGGUGUCGCCGAAGACAGCCUGGCCGGCAGCCCGUUCUGGAGACGAGACUGGCCCGGGGGGCGCCUGGCGUGUGCAGCAGCGGGAGCACCUUUUCCGGUUCCCGGACCCCGGAUGUCUCCUCGCAGAUGACUGAACUUUGGGAAAACGUUAAAGGCGCAGACGGGCUCCCCACUCCCGGGUGCUGUUUCAGUCCUGACCUGCAGUUUUCUGCAUUAGCACUUCAGUUUCGGGGGAUAUAUUUAUUUCCCGUGGCCACUGUGACAAAUGACCAGCUUGGCUUAGAACAAGAAUUCAUUCUCUCAUGGUUCUAAAAUCAGGGUGACAGCAGAGUUGGUUUCUUUUGGUGGCGCUCAUGGCAAGAUCAGCUGCAGGCCUGUCUCCCAGCCUCCAUGGGUGGUGGCCCGUGGCAUUCUGGGCCGGUAGACGUGUCACUCCAUUCUCUGCCUCUGUGGUUACGUGGCCUCUUCUUUUUCCUGGCUGCAUCUUCUCUUGUCCCUUACAAGAACACCAGUCACUGGGUUUAGGGCCCACCUCCAUCAUCCAGGUUAACGUCAUUUUGAGGUCCUUAUCUUCAUUACAUCCACAAAGACUUUUCCCAAAUAGGGUCAUAAUCACAAAUUCUGUGCAGUAGGACGUGCAUAUGUCUUUCGGGCCACCAUUCGGCCCGGCACAGGGAUAUCUCCUGGGGCCCACAGACUAGGGCAGGUGCAGUUGAGGACCAGUGUCUCCAGGACUGGCAGCUCCAUUGUGGGGGCUUGUCCCCUGGGGUGAGGGUGGCUGCUGGGCUGCAGAGGCACUUGGCGCUCCGUGGGAAGGAAAGCUGGUGUGGUGUGGGGCAGGCCCUUGCAGGUAUGGGAACUGCCGUUCCUCGGGACAUCUCGUCUCCUGCUGGACACCGCGGCCAGGGCCGGUGGCUGCAGGCAGAAGGAAGGGUGCAGGCUGCCUGCAAUAGGACAGAGCAGUUGGACUGACCGGGUGGGUGACAGCCACCAGCGGUGUAGGGCUGGGCUUCGAGUCCUCCUCUGGCUUCCUCCUCUGAAUGGGAGUUGAAAGGACGAAGAUGAGAUGCAGGCGCAGUGAGAGAGGCAGACGGUGACUUCCUGGGGAACUUUCCUGGGGUUCUGGCUGUGGCGUCCACGCGGGCCACGCAGCAGCAGCCGCCAGGAGCUGUGCAGCCCUUCGUGCCUGGGCCCCGGGCCGGCGGAGCCACGCUCUGGGGGCAGGGCCUGGCAGUGGCUGGGCGCCACGGGUCUUCCGAAGCUUCCCUUCCCGGGGUGCGCUUGCUCCCUGCCUGCUGCUGAUGGCACCCCGUGUGACCCGGUGUGCCUCGGGCGGUGCGGGCUUUAAGCCAGACCUUUCAGUCCGAAGUGGGGGGUUCCGCUUUUUUCCCUUUUGGCUUUCCCUAGAUCGGGCUUCCAGAAUAAGCAUCUGGAUCCCUCCUGCGGGGGAAGCAGCCUGCCUGCCUCCUUCGCUGCGGCCCCUUGACCCUCCUGGCCCUGGCCUUGCCGAUAGAGACAGCUAGAAGCACCUCCCGCUGUACCUGUGUCCCCUCUUGUUGCUCGCACACGCGUGCCCUCUGUUACCCGCUCGUCGGUGCUUAAGAGAAACCCAGGUGAGCAAUAAAGUCGCCGAUGAGAACGCU